CGACCUGCUUGCUGCUGUCGUCGCAGUUGCAUUGUUGUUUCUCAGACGCCUGCCGUGGCCAGUGAACCGCUCCCGUACCUCCGCCCUCCGUCCUCCGCUUCCUUUUCUCCCUCACCACCACCAACGCGCCCUGUCUCACCCAAGUUACCUCCUCCGUCCGCUUCCUUUAUCGGUCCCGCUGCAUUGUUGGCUGGGUUGGGUUCAACGCCAAUUGCAGCUCAUUGCCGAGUCCCACCUCAACAUCUUCUUUGGUCUCACUCCGCCUCCACCGCGUCCAGGAACGCAUUCCAGCUGGCCCAGGACUUCGUCACUUGCGUCUACGGAAUACAGCUACGGACUACCUUAAUUAGUCAAGGUACUGCGGUGCCGCAGAAGCAAUGGAUUCCUUUAUCGCUGUUGCCGGCUGGGCACAGCACUCCAAUUCCCAGUCUUCAGCUUCAGGAAACGGCAGACCUUUCGGUCACUACAGAUCACGCUCCUCGGUACCGAAAUCUCCGACUCCGAUGCCCCCGAGAUCACAGCAUACAAGGUCUCCUUCCACAUCCGAGUUGCCCGCCAUGGCCGCAACUGCCACAUCCCCGCGCUCGCUGCCUCGCUCCCCCAUGCCCGAUACCGACGAUUCCGAGCUGAGCACAUUGCCCGACCCGCGAAGUCGAAACAUGAGCCCAGUAGUCGGUGGCCAUGCCUUCUCUCACCAUCCUGACCUGAACGCCGAAGUGGCCACCCUAAGCAACAAGCUCAUUAGCGCCAUCAACUACCAAGCAACUCUCGACGAUACUCUCGCCGCCACACGAUCCGAAUUGGAAAGGGCUCGCCAACAAAUCAGGACGCUGGAAGAGAGGAACGCCACACAACGCGAAAUGCUCUCCGGCGACGUCUGGGUGCGGAAGAGGACCGUUGAGGAAGAUAAGAAGAAACUGAACGACCGCGUCGCUGCCGAAAAACUCCAGAGAGAAGACGUGGAAAAGGAGAAGAAGAGGAUCGAGCUCGAGCUCGAGAAUCUCACCACAGCCUUGUUCGAAGAGGCCAAUAAGAUGGUCAUUUCUGCCAAAGAGGAGGCCCGCAGGGACCAGGAACUCCUGCAAAAGAAGAACGACCAGCUAAAGGCCCAGCUCGCCGACACUGAGGCCUUACUCCAGUCCCAGCAAGACCAGCUGGCCCAGCUGAAGGACGUCAUGGAACAGAUGGCCACCGAGAGAGACGAACAAGCUGCUGUUGCCGUUUCCGCCACCGUCCCUUCCUCCCCCGGCCUGAGCAGAUUCGAGCUGAGAAACGACGAUGCGUCUUCUCCCGAAACCACCAACAUCACCACCACCACCUUCGCCACCCCUCUUCCCGAGCCCGUCUCUCCCACCGCUUCCACGAGCCUGACCUACUUGAUCCAACCUGUCGUAAGGACGGACCUGGCUUCGUACGAAGACUUCACUAUGCUAGCGCGCCUCUCGCGAAGAUAUAGUACCAAUCGCAUCUCUUCUGGCUCUCUCGCUGCUGGCGUGCAAAAGCUCGGGCUUGGCCUUGGCGGUAGCACGUCAAGCAGGCAUGUCUCCACCGGCUCAACCUCGUCCUUGCCGAACGCUGCCGCCCCGCCGGCCGCGGCGAAUUCGUCAUCACCGCAGACUCCGAAUACUCCGGUCUCUUUCACGGCCGCCGGCUCCGCCGAGCCCGUCACCCCUCUCCCUUCCUUGAGAGAGACCAAGUUUUACAAACGCGUCCUGGCCGAAGACGUGGAACCGACCUUGCGUCUGGACCUGGCUCCUGGCUUGUCGUGGCUCGCGCGCCGUAGCGUUCUGAACGCCAUGAUAGAGGGGACUAUCGUGGUGGAGCCCAUUCCCUCCAACUCGCCUUAUUCUGCCUUCAUCAAGCCGCAGUAUUACCCGUGCUCUCUCUGCGGCGAUAAUCGGAAGGACGAGCGUUAUCUACGGGCCUACCGCUUUCGUACAACCGAGUCGGACUCUGCGCAACGUUAUCCUCUCUGCAAAUACUGCCUGGGUCGGGUCAGGUCCACCUGCGACUUCCUCUCUUUCCUGCGCAUCCUCAAGGACGGCCACUGGCGCACUGAUAAGGAAGACGCCGAGAAGGCCGCCUGGGAAGAGAGCAUCCGGCUUCGGGAACAAAUGUUCUGGUCUCGUCUCGGAGGCGGCGUUAUUCCCGCCGGCCACCCACUGCUGCUGGACCACGAGUGCAGUCCUCGACCGAGCCAGGACGUCCCGCCAGAGCCGUGCCCCCAGUCCCCUCCAGCCGCCGCAGACGACACAGCUGUGGCGACAGAAGGCCAAAUCGGAAAACAGAGCGACGCCGCCGCCGAUUCCACAGACGAAGGGGGCGCUCCCACAGCAUCGUCGCCCCGUAUUAUUCAUGCUUCCCCUCAGUCCCGUGAGACUGUGACUGACGAUACUGUCGAGCCUACGGAGACCGAAUCGAAGAGGCUGUCCAUCACGAUAUCGAAGGUGGAGGGAUAAACACCCAUCCCAUUUAGUCCGCACAUAUCAUAUUGAAACGCUGCACAUACACGCGCAAUGGAGGAAAUGCCGCCACAGCCUUCUUGCCUAUACAUUCUUGUUUCACGCACCAUACUUACCCCAUGGUACAUACUGCAAUAUUUUGCUCUUGCCUCAUCGACAAGGCUCUUCGGGUUUCCAUCAAAAUAUUCGCUGCGGGUUAGUAGCAUAAGUGGCAGCAUUGCUUUUUUUUUUCUUUUUUUUUUUUUCUGU